AUGGUUCAAACGCCGGUCGCGAACAUUUUAAACAACUUGAGAAAGAUCGAAUCGUGUUCGGUUAUGCAUAAUCAACCUGGAUAUUACAUGAUCAGUGGUGACGUUGCACCGGUGUGGUACAUCCCGGCGUGUAUGCUCUACCUGGUCAGUCCAGCGGGAUCAGAAAUCGAGAUCGAAGUAAUGGUAGAUGACUUCAAUUGCCGGACGUCUGAAAUCAUACUAUUUGACGGAUGGUACCUGGUCGAUCGAGUGACCCACAAAAUCACCCCUGUCCCGGAAGACCUUUCGCGGAACUCCUCCAGGAUCUACAACGCGUGUGACUCCAGCAAAAGGAUGCUGAGAACGUCGCAAAACUUCGCUGAGGUCGUAUACGAUCUGAAGCCACUUCAGUGGAUAGUCAUCAAAGUAGAUUUCCGGAACCAGCGACAAGGCUGUGAUAUGCUGCUUCCCGAAGCCGCCGGUGAAUACAUGAUGAGCAAUAACGGCCACGCGGGCGUCUGUCGAUGGUACGUGACCGGUUCGGUAGUGUUGGACAUCAUGGAUACGAACCUCAACGGUAAAUCACAGGUAAACGUCAUGCAGACGGAUCACACGAAAAAUCCGUGUCGGUCUGUUGCCGCCUGA